GGAAAAACCAGUAUCGUAAACAGUGUGUACGUCAUUCGUCAGCCAGUUAGUUGAGUAAUUCGAGGCGGAAAAUAUUGCAGAAAUUUGUCUUCUCAUCCAGAAAAUACCUACCAAGAACUCUAGAAACUUGUGUGUUACAAUAGGCACAUUAUAAAUUUAACACUGGGCUCAACAGGAAUCGAUAGCAGUAUUUUUACAUCUCUGACGGUUGUUUUUUCAGGUAUUUUUUGUUUUCAUUGGUGACAUUUACAGACUAACUAUGAAGGGUCCAAUAGAAGUAGUGAACAGUCAGUCAAUGAGUGAUAUAAACAUGAACAACAAUUCAAACAUUACAAGUACUCUGAGUAUGAUGACAAUGAAUCCAUUCGAGGAAUACUUGUGGAUGGCGGAAGUAGAGGAAUUCGACAAGAAGGUUCUGGAAGAACUGCAAGAAGAGGAGUUCAUGGAAGCCUGCAUGGAAGAAAUGUUACUAGAAGAAGAGGCGGAUUGGUAUUAUCCAGAAGGUGAAAAUGGCAAUAUAGAGUGCUUUAGUUUGAUGGAAAAUAUUUCUGGUCUCUCAGUGAUGGAAAAGCAUGAUGAAGAAACACCAGAUAGUUAAUAUGCAUUUAAAUGCUCGUUGGGCUUCUAUAACUUAAGUGUACAUAUCACUAAGAGUACAAAGAAGUAAUAAUAUUAAAUGAACUGUCUGGUCCAGGAUAGCGAUUGCCAAGAAGAUGCAUGGUCUAUACAAGACCUAAGGUGUUGUAAACAUCAAAACUGAUAGGUUAACAAAAAAAAAAAAACUGCCAGCUUUCAGAGGUGCAAAUACUGUUUAUAUAGCUUUAGAUAUUUCUCAUUUUGUGGCUUAUUUUCAUUGUACUCGAGAGAAAACUAUAAAAAAAAGUUAUUUAUCUUUAAAAAAGAUUUAAAUCCUGAAAAUAUUGAAAAAAUGUAAUUUUAUAUAUAAUAGCAUAUAUGGUUGUUUAUGUGAUCCUGCGAGGGUCAUUUUUUAUUUUUCUACCUUUUUUGUUUUAAGUGGCAGCCACACAGAUGGUUUUAAGGCUUGUCCAUUUUUUUUUUUCAUUUUUUGUAGUGCAAGCAAGUUCACUUACAGGCGGAAUAUGCAGAUGUCUUCCAAAACCUGUUUGCAUAGCUUGCAUAAUAUUUUUGUUUUUCUUGAUGCACUCAAUUUUUAAUGUUACUAAAAGUUUAUGCCAAAGGCAAGGCAAGACUAACUUGUAUAUACUGAUGCAAAUUUGAGACUUUGUAGCAAUGGUAAUUUUGCCAAACUUGUUAAAGUGGAUGCUUUAUGCACCAUUAUCAAUCUCUAUAGUCUAUACAUGACUUUUCACUAAUUUAAAUGUUACAAUUUAGUUUCUCUGAAUUGUGCAAGUAUGGCCUAUAAUAUAUUCAUUCUUCCAUAGGUCUUGAAGAUGCCUACAGUGAAGUGUUUAUUGUAGGCAUCCUGGAGACCAUGAAAAUCAAAUUUAUUACAGGCCAUUAUUUUGGGUUUAGUGUAGAUUAUUCAAAGAAUUGUUCUCGAAAAUACUCGUUUUUGGUAUUUUAGUGUUGAUGGCUAAUUACCAUGCUUAUGAAUCGUGCGAGUGGUCAGCAUUGACCAGUUGCGAUAACAAACCUUUCUGAUCCUUUCUAUUUAUAUUUACUUUGUUUUGGAUCUUUUUGAUGUAAAAAAAGUACUAUAUAUGUAUCUUUAAAUUUGAUAAGCCAUUUUUGUUACCACAAAGUCUCUAAUUUUAGUCAGUAUUGCUGUGGUCGCUGUUAAACUGUGCCAUGGUCGUCACCCAAUGGAUAAACAAUUUUUGGGAGAUUUUAAUAAUUUUAUUUAUUUUAUUAUGGUUUUAUAUCCUAUUGAGUGGAAAUGGUGCACAUGACAUGCUUUCACGGUGUUUAUAAUGACUAGUUCAAGAGUAAACUGUCAAACCCACCAAAAAAGCAAAUUGUAAUUUUGAGUGAAAGGAAUUGUUUAAAUGUUUUGAAUUUCUGAAUUGUUCACAAUAUUUUUACAUAUUAUCCACAGCUUGUGAUAAUCAUUAAUCAUAAUCCUGUUAGGGAAACUAAACGUAUCACAUUGUAUAUAUUUUGGCCUAUAUUUACUUCCAAUAAUGUUCACUCAUUGGCUCAUCAACUAGCUUGUCUGAACAAACUUACGAAAAAGUUAUUGAUUCGUGUAAAAAAUAAAAUUUAUGAACAUUUAAAUAUUUUAUAAUUAACAUUUGACAAAAUAUCACCUGGAAUAUUUGUUUUGACUUGAAACAUUUAUUUCUGCAUACAAGAUUAUUCUAAUGAUUAACCAAGCUGUGUGGAUUUGACAAUGAACUUAUCUGGGCUUAUAGUUGUAUUCAACAAUUCAAGCAUUUGUAAAUCCUGCAUUGUCACACAAGGGUUUAAAUUUCGGUUAUAAAGUUUAUAGGAUAUUCCUUAUUGGUUUCAUUUUUCACAGAAAGACAAUUACUGAUGGCAUGAAUUUUGUUUUACUUGUGUGUGACUGGGUAUGUCCUUUGAGUACCACGCAAAAUUUACAAAAAUUGCUUAAACAUUAAUAUUUUCAUUGAAAAAAAAAUUUACAAAAUUAAAAUCUUAAAAGUGAUAAGUUUUCAGUGUUCCAAAGUCCAGAUAAGUCUAACACUGUGUAUGGGUUUGGUAAAGUUUUUUCCAACGUUCUUUAUUAGAGAUUGUGUAUUUGAUGAAAGCUUAAAAAAAAGAUUGAGUUAAGCACCAAAGAAAGCAGGCCUAAAAAUUCAUGUAUUUUCUGUUGCAGUUGUAUGUAGUAUUAAUAAAGCAUUUGAUAAUUUCAAUAUU